CUGAAAAAAAUUCAUUUUAUGCAAAAGAAAAAAAGAAAAAAAUCCAGUUCGUUUCUACCAUUUUUGUCCUCUCCCUCUCCCACAGCCCCACCUCCUCCGUUGUUUUGCCUUCGCCUCCCCUCUCUCUAUAUCACAUUCACAGUGCUUUGCUCUGCUCAAAAGGGGCCGAGCUCUGAUUUGAUUCUCUGCUUUUGUCCUUCCUUGAUGCAGGUUGUUUGGACACAAUUGCUUUCUUUUGCUGAUGUCUAAUGUGACAAGUGCUGUUUGUUUCAAUAAUCAUCAUCCGAAGUGAAAAGCGGGACAGUUUUUGUACUAUCCUGCAGUGAGAGGUGGCAUAUUUGAUAUCCAGAACAUGGAGGACGAGAACGGCCUUGAGCUAAGCUUGGGUCUAGGUUUUGGUGGAUCCUCGUCCAAAUCUAAGAGUAAAAAUGAAAGCUCCCUGGAUAUUAGGAUAGAAGACGAGAAAGCAAACAAACAGAAAGAUGAUUUGAAAGUUCUUGGUGGUAGCUCUCAGAAGCAAGAUUCAAGCGCUGGAUCUCAUUCUCAGUGGAACGAUUCGAUAAAGCCACAGGAGAACUUCUUCCUUGACCUAACAAGUAGAAAUGCUGAUACUGAUGCAUCCAAAAGCCUUGGUGCUAGGGGUCUUUGGGCAGGAUCUAGUAAUAAUAGAUACACAGAAAUUGAAGAGGAGAAAAGGAGUGAAGGGAUUGCUAACAAACGUAAACUAGAUUUUGAGGACAUAAGCGCUCAGAAGAAGCCAGAUAGAGAUGCUAACCGGAUAGAUUUUCAUGACAAGAGAACAUCUCAUGUUUCUCUAACGGAAGAAGGAUCCACUGCUGAAAAUGAAGAUGUUGCAGAUUCGGAAGUAGAAGGUUCGACCUCGAGGUUUAUUGAGGAGGGCUCCAAGCAGCGGUUUGUUGGAGUUGGUGGUCUGGAGGCUCCAAAGGAAUUUCAAAGGUUUCCUGAUGCAAGUAUGACGGAGUUGCAUGGUCAAAGAAGGCCUGCUGGUUUGCCGGAAAAUGGAUCUAAACACGGGAUGAAUUUUGGGGUCCCAUUUUCGGUCCAACCAGCAAACAUCAUGAGCAUGUCCUACCAAUAUUCAGUGGAAGAUUCCAACCCAGUUGGUGCAAGCAUGACGCCGGUAGUUUCUACUUCAAAUGGUGACCAGCGAAUGGCGGUCCACAAAGUGAAUCCAGGUACUUCAUCAAUAGCUUUUGGCUACUCACCUGUCCAGCUUCCAACUCUGGACAAAGAUAAUUCGUGGGGCCUGAUUUCUCAGCAUCAACACUUCCAGCCUCCUUAUGGAGCCAAACCACCUGCAACCUUGGAUAAUAAAAAUCAUGAAGGACUCAGAAUUUCUCAAGCCAUGCAAAUAAUUGGUCGAAACUCCUCCGAGGCUGCACCAUAUGAUGCAAGAGUGUUUGAUCGGCCCAAAGCUGAUGGUGGCAAACAACAUGGUGCAGAACAAGAAGGCUCUUCCUCUCAGGCCGAAGAUGAAGGAAAGAGCAGCAGCAAAACAAACCGUCGAGCAGCACCAGAAGACGGGUUGUCUCACGACUUCUCGGCCAUAAAGCCGGGAAUUUCUCCCGAGGUCAAGUUUGGAGGCUCCGGAUCCUACCCAAACCUGCCGUGGGUUUCCACCAAGGCUCCAGGCCCAAAUGGUCGGACGAUAUCAGGCGUGACUUACAGGUUUAGCCCCAGCCAGAUAAGGAUCGUUUGCGCUUGCCACGGUACACACAUGUCCCCCGAGGAAUUCAUCCGGCAUGCAAGCGACGAGAACGCCUCCACGGGAGAAGGUAACAACGGUGGGUUAGCGGCAGCGUUUCCAGGUACCAAUAACCCAUCUGCAUCUGCUCAUAGUUGAGAGGUGUUUGAACUACGCAGUUGUUACCACAUACAAGUAGACGCUAGGCUAUCAGUUUAAGCGACCAGCUUUUGUAUACUGUUAGAGAAUCCACACUCCAUUUUUUUGUUCUCUCCUUCGCUUCUUGUUGCUUGCUAUGUUGUUGGAAUUGUCGUGGUGUCGAUAUUGUUGUUGUGAUGAUAUUCAUCUGUGUGUUACUCUCUCUUGCGGGUUCGUGUUGUUCAAUAAUCAACAUGGGUACAAUGUCGUCGUGACUAUGGUUGAUGGGAGGAUGGAAAACUUGAAAGCAUGAUUGCCAUGUCGUCACAGGUUAUGGCAAAUGGCUGUUAGCAGCACCUGUGUUUCCAUUUCGUUGCAGGAUUGAGCAGGAGAAGACGGGAUCCGCCAUAACCAUGCUGGUAAGUCUUGUUCCACAGCUUACGUUAUGAACAUGUACAGUGAGUUUAAGGUUACUACUGUCUUGCAUAUGUUCUGGUAAUUACAAGUUAGUGUCUUGUUUCUUUCGAUGUGACUAAACAAGAAAACCAUUAGUGUCGUAUUUGGGAAAGGUAGCAGCAUUGAUUGAUCCCCCCCUUUCAAUAAUGGCUGCUCUUUGGUUGACAUUUUUCCGAGAAUGGAAAUAAGAAAUUGCUGUCUCAUUUUCGAAAGCAAGAAACAAAAUUUGCGGGAAAUUUUUGGUUCUCUUGUUUUGAUGUCUGGUUUUGUCCUUGAAAGACAAGGAAG